UUUUGGAUUGAAAACCAUGGGUAGAAAAGAUGCCUCUACAGCAAGGACUCCUGUGGACCAGUACAGGAAACAAAUAGGAAAACAAGAUUAUAAGAAAACCAGGCCUAUGUUAAGAGCUACAAGAUUAAAAGCAGAGGCCAAAAAAACUGGACUAGGAGUAAAGGAAGUUGUCCUUGUCCUUGCAGCUAUACUGGUGUUUGUGUUGGCUUUCUAUGCUUUCUUUUAUCUUAACAUUUCCAGUGAAGUUGACCUUGAUCUGGAUCCAGAUGAACACUAGCAGAUGCAAUGAAUCUGCCGUCGAGAUUGCUUCAGCGCGAACGAGGCCACCUAGGAACACAGAGUCCCUUCCCUGUGAGACAGCAGCCCCAAAUUCAUAAGGCAGUUUUGCAACACACCAGUCACUUUUGCAUUCCAGAUCUCCAAAAAUAAGAGAGCACUCCUGCCUGGCGUGUGUGUUUAGUUCACACCAAGGGCAGGAGCAGCAGGGUAAGGGUCACAGAGCACUGGAGCAGGCUGCCCAGAGAGGUUGUGGAGUCUCCUUCUCUGGAGACUUUCAAGGCCCUGUCUGGAUGUGUUCCUCUGUGACCUGAGCUCGAUUGUAUGGUCCUGCUCUGGCAGGGGGGUUGGACUCGAUGGUCUCUUUGGGUCCCUUCCAGCCCCUGACAUCCUGUGACCAUAGAUGAAGUUUGUUGUUUACAUUAUCUUCUUUCCUGAGGCAGAGAACUUUGAUGUCAAAAGACAGGUGCUAUUGUUCUCGCGGGUAUUGACGCUGACUUCACAGGAGGACAGUCUGCCUUGACUAAAUUUAGGAAUCAAAGCUUCCUAAUUGCCAAAUGAGGUUCCUUGCCAAAAAGAAAGCAGGAAUACCAAAUAAAAAGGUCUUUUCUUGAUUAGCAUUU